UUCCGGCGGCGGAUUGUUGACGCCCGCCACUGCUGUGGUGGCUACGGAGAGGUCGGGGAGGAGCUGCCGAGGGAGAGCGACGGCGCAGUGACAGGCAGCGCGGGGGGUGCCUCCGAGGCGACGAUGGCAGAAGGGCCCGAGGAAGCCCGGAGCCGCCCUCCCGGCCAGGACGGCGGCGGCGGAGAUCACGAGCCGGUCCCUUCCGGGCCUGGCUCUCCCGCCGCGGCCGCCCCGGGGCCCCCGACCCUCGCGACCGUCGCCCCGGCCGUCUCGGAGCCGGAGCCGCCGCGAGAGCUCCGGAAGCGCCGGGAGGCGGCCUCAGGGCCGCAGGAGCCGGGGGGCUGCGAGGCGUCGGACGGGCCGGGGCGCCUGAGCGCGCGCGAAUACUCGCGGCAGGUGCACGAAUGGCUCUGGCAGUCCUACUGCGGCUACCUGACCUGGCACAGCGGCCUGGCCGCCCUCCCCGCCUACUGCGGCCCGCCGCCGGCCGCCCCGCAGCCCGCAGCCCCGCCGCCGCCCCCGCCGCCGCCGCCGCCGCCGCAGCUCGCCUACUACAACCCCUUCUACUUCCUGAGCGCCGCGGGGCCCGGGCCGGGGGCGGCCACGGGCGGUGCCAACCCGACCGCCGUCGCCACGGGCCUGACGCCCCGAGCCCCGCAGGUGCAGCCGUCGGGCCGGGCGGCCCCCGUGCCCAGGGUAGGCUCCGCCGCCCCUGCACGCACGGCGAGCGACGCCGGACGGCAGGCGGGCAGAGAGUAUAUCAUUCCAUCCUUGGCGCACAGAUUUAUGGCAGAGAUGGUGGAUUUCUUUAUUCUCUUCUUUAUAAAAGCGACCAUUGUCCUGAGCAUUAUGCAUCUCAGUGGAAUAAAGGACAUUUCUAAGUUUGCCAUGCAUUAUAUAAUAGAAGAAAUAGAUGAAGACACAUCAAUGGAAGACUUGCAGAAAAUGAUGAUUGUGGCACUGAUAUACAGGCUGUUAGUGUGUUUCUAUGAGAUAAUUUGCAUUUGGGGAGCAGGGGGAGCUACUCCAGGAAAGUUCCUGCUAGGGCUUCGAGUUGUGACAUGUGAUACAUCGGUACUAAUUGCUCCAAGUCGGGUUUUAGUGAUUCCUUCCUCAAACGUUAGCAUCACAACGUCCACCAUACGAGCUUUGAUCAAGAAUUUUUCUAUUGCUUCUUUUUUCCCUGCUUUCAUCACACUGCUGUUUUUUCAGCAUAAUCGAACAGCCUAUGACAUUGUGGCAGGAACUAUUGUGGUAAAAAGAAAUGGGGUCAGAUGAUGCCCCAGAGCCCUGAAUUCCACUCUUUGGAAUAAUAAUGACAAGACUAAAUUAUGUAUCAAGGCCAUCAGUAUCUCUAGGUUACAUUAAUUGCUGAUUUAAAAAUUAGAGAAGUCACUACAGUGUGACACGCGACUAUUCUGAAAGUGUUGACUGUACUUAAAUGUCAAGGAACUUUUCCAAAAGGAAAACCUAUUAAACUCAAGUGUUAACUAUUUGUAGGACAACAAAGCAGAUGGUUUUAAUCAACAUAGACAAAUACAUACUUUCACAUUUAACAUAACCAAAAUCUGCUGGAAGCAUUUCAGCUUUAAAUUCUCUCAUUUUAUUGUGGCUUAUCCUAGAAUGAUUAAAAAAUGUCCAGUUGUGUUUUAUAAACACCUACAUACAUAUAAUUCCCACAACUCUUCUUACGGAAGUUGUUUUCUGUGGACACUGAGAAAGAGCAUCAACUCAACAACCCACUGGCCCCGUGGCAGGUGUUGGAGAAAAGGGCUAGUGAGGAAGGCCUAGCAGUCUCCUCACCUCAUGCUUCCAGGAUGUUCUAGAAAUCACUGCAGUAGUGGUGGAAUUUUAUAGCUUCUUACUGCUUAAGUAUUUGGAGGCAAGAACUUUCAUGAUGAUGAUGAAAAUGUAUUAAGUCUUAUCAUUGAUACUUAAAAAAAAAGGUAAGUUAAUGAUUGCCUUUUGUGGGGGUGGGGUGGGAAUGUGAAUUUUCAGUGUAAAUUCAGCUUAGACUUUGUGUCUUAAAAUCCAACUAUAAAUAUGUGGGGGAAACAUUCAAACAUUCCCAGUGUGUGCUCCAGUGUUCUGAAUGUACCUGUAGAUUCUAUUUCUGUACAAACAAACUCCUAAGGCACUAUAUUCUAUACAGUUCCAUGAAUGUCAAAACCUCAAGGUAUUAGUCUUAGUAUUUUGUAACUCUAAAUACUAGCAGCCUGUGAAAUAUUAGCCGUUUUCCAUGCUUUUUCUCUCUAAAGCAAGGCAGAGUAUCAUCUCUGUACAUUAUUCUGGCUUCUUUAAGCUCCUUUUGGGCCUGCUAGAGAUGAAAUUUCGGGGGAAAAUGUGUAUAGUCAUUGUACUUCGCUCUGUUGGUACAUUAUCGGCUUAUGUCUGUUUGUUUUUGUUGUAUCCCAGUUAGCUAGCUGUAUGGAAAUGUACCACAUUGUUUUAUAGUUUAAACUUCCUUACUUGUUCUUGUAUAUAAUUUUCCUAAGAAACACUAAAUUGUAUUGCACAAGAGAUCAGUCUUUGUUCCUGGGUUUUAAAUAAGCCAUGUGUUAUUACAGUAUCAACUUUCAGUGGGCUUUUCUUUGACAUUUAAAACUGUGAGAAUGUAUUUAAUGUCUAUAGACACUAAGAAUCUACUAGCUUAUUGUAGGAGUUCAUAAACCAUGGCUUUUCAAAAUAAUUCUACUUAAAUCCAACUUCACAGAAAGCCUAUUACUUGUCAAGAGCAGUAGGUAGAGCACUUGUGGCCCUGGCAAGAUUUCAUGGUUCUUCAAACAUACACUACAAAUCAGGAAACUGGUGUGAACACUACUUUUGCCACUGAUGAGGGAAGUCACAUUGAAAUGUGCUUCACCCAUACAGCUCUGGAGUAUUUGAUUAUUGUUUCCUACUCAGAUUACUGUAGUUUUCAUUGAGGGUAUUUUUUAUUUAUACAGUAAAAUAAACAAGUAGUUAAUUUGUUAUAGUUUAAAUACUGCAAUUUGCUAUGAACAGGUUAUUUAGAUCCAUUUAGAUCCAGCUGUUGAUUCAAGUUGUGCCAUACAGGAUGUAAAAGUAUUGCUUUGCCUCUGCAAUAAAUCCUCAAUCUGUUAUAAUCAGCACUUAAGGAAAGAAAUCUCAAGAGUUGAAAUAAAAAGGAGAAAAGGGAACCUGCCAUGUGUUUUCCUUGUAAAAUGGAGACUCCUUCACAGAAUAUGAGUAUAUUCAGUUAUAGAAAUACUGAUUUCCUGUAUCUCAUUCUGAAGCCAUAUCCUAUAAAAAGGCAAACUGAAAUGAGAAAUGAAGAUAUUCUUUAAUGAGCAUGUAUACCCUAAGCUGAAACCACCUUAAGACUAGAGUCUUGUUGCUGUAUUACCAUUCAGUCCAAACAACUGGGAAGAGGCUUAGGCAGUGAUUCAGUCUCAGUACCCAUCAUGGAAAGUAUUCUGGUAUGGCUAGAUCUUGGAGUAGGAUGUUAACAGUGCAAUGACAAACUUUACUUUAACCGAGCUUCUGUGGCCAUAAACACAUGCCAUUUGACAGUAUUCUAAAGCACUGCCCAACUUCUCUAGCAUUGGCUUAAUUCUCCCUACAUGGUACUUACCUUCUCCAAGGCGGCGUCCUAGUUGAUGGCCAUUUUGUCCACGCCUUAAAAAAUAAUUCUUCAUUUUUAACUUUUAAAAGAAUUUGUUCACAUCAAUGAUUUGAGUGUUUCAUUUACAUGCCUAUUUCUGGCAAAGGAAAGGAGUUAAAUUUUUGCAUUUGCUACUUAGAAGAUGGGGCAAUUAAAAGUUUCUCAUUGUUCCUUUAAGGACAAUGCCCAAACUAACAGUAUUCCUAAACUUCUGACAAGUACUUUGAGCUUCUUGCAAUCCUCCAUUAUGUAACCAAAGACCAGUUGUUACUUGUGCCUGGGUGAAGUUCCUUAUUUCAUCUGUUAUGUACAGAUUUCCUUGUAGUUCAUUAUAGUGGGGCUUGCCCUGCAAACAGUAUCUAAAGACCAACCUAUAAAUAAAACUCAGCAUUCUAUUUUUAAUAUUUGUAUGUCAUCAGUUUGUAUUGUUUGUCUCAAUAAAUAUGUCAACAGUG